AUGGAUGGUCGGGACACUGGUCUUGAAUUCCGGGAGUCGAAGAAUUGCAUAGACGGUUGCCAAGGAGGGCAAGGCACACGAGAUCCUAAUGCUGAGCAGGAUCCUAAAGCGUCAUCACUAUACGCUUCUCCCUCUACAAACAGUUCACUUGUCUCAGACGCUAUACUUGUUGAAAAGGUUACCUCAUAUGUUGAAGAGUAUAUGUUACACUACGACAGUUCUCAUGACUUUGACCACGUUCUGCGUGUCCUAGGUCUCGCCCGGCGCAUUGCUUCUGUUUUAUCAGCCCCUGACUCCCCCUCUUCAUCAACCCACUACGAUUCCUUAAUCAUCACGCUCUCCUCGCUUUUACAUGAUGUUGGCGAUAAAAAGUACCUCAAACCUGGCGAUAAUGCUGACUCCAUGGUCUAUGAGCUACUUGUGUCCUUUGGGGCGUCCAACUCUCUAGCAGAGAAGAUCCAAACAGUCGUCAGCAAUGUGUCGUUCUCGGCGGAAACUAAGUCAGCAGAGAGCCGCGAAAAGGUGCAAAGGUUGAUUCAAGAGAUUCCUGAGCUAGGGAUUGUGCAGGAUGCAGAUCGCUUGGAUGCAAUUGGAGGCAUUGGGAUUGGAAGAACAUUUACGUAUGGCGGGGCAGUGGGGAAGAUGGGCCAAAAAGGGAGACGCAUGCAGGACACAAUACAGCAUUUUGUGGACAAGUUGGAAUGCUUAGAGGGCUUGAUGAAGACAACAGAGGGAAAGAGACUGGCAGCAGAGAGAACCAGGCGACUCAAGAUAUACAGGGAGUGGUGGGAGGAGGAGAUUCAGGACGCACAGGAGGGUUUAUUUAGUAGCAAAACACCGCAGAAAUAA